GUGUAUGUGUGUGUGUGCAUUAUUUCUUCGACAGCAACAACGCGACCAGAAGAAACAGGUGCAUUACCGCAAAAACACACACGCACGAUACAACUUCACCCUUUCAACGGCUGCCAUCAACCUUGUGUACAUCGCGCAACCCUUCCCCCUUCGGUAGCGUUGUGAGUAAAUCGGGCGCAUCAAUCAAAAACCCUCGUCGGCCCUUCGAUGGCACAUGUCGUGGAAAAGGGCAAAAUCAUGUCCGCGUAGAGACUCUGUCUGUCAGCUGUGAUUGUGGAGUACGAGGAAAGGAGGAGGGUUGAGUGAGCGGGAACGGGAUUGUGCAGGUGUGCUACGGAUCAGGUUUGGAGCAGGGAAACGGGAUUACAGCAACGGUCGCAGCGAGUGGAAAACAAAGCGAAAAAACAACAACAGCCUCGAAAUCGCUACGGCGAAAACGAAGCAACACAAACGAAUCUGAAAACACACAGCUACACACAUACACACACACACACGCAAACAUCCUUCCGUAGAGUAGACCAUGGCCACCUCGGUUGUGGUGCUGGAGGUGGUGCAACUGGUGUUGCUGCUGCUCCUGCCCGGGAAAGCGAGCUCCGGCGGGACGGUGGCGGGAUCAGCCGCGGUUAGCGGGUCGGCACAGUCGCCGCCCGUCCUGAUCGUCGUAUCGUACGACGGCUUCCGCACGGAGUAUCUGCAGCGCAACAGUUCCGCCUACAUCAACGAGCUGCGCCGGAACGGCACGACCAGCACGCAUCUGCGGAACGUCUUCCCCACGAAAACCUUCCCGAACCAUCACAGCAUUGCGACCGGCGUCUACCCAAACGUGCACGGCGUGAUGGCGAACGGGUUGUACGAUGCGGUCCAGGGGCCGCUCAACUACUCGUACGAGCUGUUUCACUUCAAUCCAGAGCUGCUACCGAUAUGGGCGCUCAAUCAGUAUGCCGGAGGACAUAGUGGGUGCAUGAUGUGGCCCGGGUCCGACUUUGGGUACGGUUCACGCAACCUCACCUGCAGCCACACGCAACCGUUCAACCUGUCCAUCCCGUGGACCGACCGGCUCGACACGGUGUUCCGGUGGAUACGGGACGCGGAGCGGCCCGCCAAUUUGAUCAUGCUCUACAUCGAGGAGCCGGACUACUACGGCCACAUCUACGGUCCCGAGUCGGACCGGAUCGAGCAGCUGGUGGUGAAGCUGAACGAUUUCACCCGCCAGCUGCACGCGCGUAUCGCCGAGCAGCGGCUGGCGGAGCGCGUUAACGUGGUGCACCUGAGCGACCACGGCAUGGAGUCGGUGAUGCCGAAAAACUUCAUCAACCUGACCUCGCUGGUGUCGGCCGAGCUGCGGUACGAUACGUACGGCUCCACGCCGGUGCUGCAGAUCGUGCCGAAGGUCGAGCAGGACCGAUCGGAGCUGUACCGGCAGCUGCGGCGGGCGGCCGAUGCGGACGGCCGGUUCGAGGUGUACAUGGUGGAGAAUCUGCCCGCCCGGUGGCAGUACAACAAUACGCGCCGCACCGGCCCCAUUACGGCAGUGGCGCAGCUCGGGUACGUGUUCGACGAUAUGUGGCGCACGGUCGAGUACUAUCGGAAGCACUUUGGCGUCGAAGUGACACCCGAUACGCAGUAUGGCAUGCACGGGUACGAUAAUGCGCAGCUCGCCAUGAACUCCAUCUUCUUCACGUACGGUCCAGCGAUACGGGAGCAGCUGACGGUGGAACCGUUCGAUACGGUUGAUCUGUACUAUCUGUUCUGCGAGAUACUGAACCUCGCGCCGCCGAACUAUCUGGCUGGGAACGUGAACCACAUCCAGCACAUACUGCGCAAUGGUUCGCGUGACGACGACGACGACAAUGAUCCGAACGGCGGGGGUUCGUCGGAUGCGACAACACGUGCGGAAACGAUUGCCGUAAUUUUCGCCGGCAGUCUUAUUGCGUCGUUUGCAAUCGUAAGCGUGUUUGCGCUCGGCGUUAUCUACCAGCGGCGGCGACGCGAACACAUGGUGCCUCCGUACCUGUACGAGGAGACGGAAACGUUCAUCGACGAUGGCAACAAGAUGCUGCACACCAGCACCACCAACUCGUCGAUCAAUGGGGACGUUGUGUCAGUGGACGUUUGAAACCCGUGGCCCGUCUCCGUUUGUCUGUCACGAUGGUGAGGGUACGGGAGGUGCCUAGGAAGGUUUGGAACAAUGUUGUGUUUGUUUCUGAAACAUUCCGCUAGAGAAGGUAUUAGCAGAGCGGAGCCAGCGAACAAAUCAAGUCGAAACUGGACGGAAGAGCAAAUUGAUAAGAAAGAGAGGGAGGAAUGUUGCCUUUGUUCUCCCACGGUGGAGUACAACAUGGUUCCGGCGUACGAAUCAACUUCCUCUGGAGCGCCGUGCUGCAGCGGGGUGUCCAGCAUGAAGAACGAUGAAAUUAAGCAUUACAGUUGAAUUUUCAGUGAAUUGAACACACUCGUAGAAAUCGUGUCCGGAUUGGGAUUUGACCCCACACCCACACACCUAACAGCAUAUUGUACAUAAACAUACAGUCUAUAUCUAUAUACAAUUGGGGGGGGGGGGGGGGGCAGAGUCGGAUUCACCAGAAGCGAUCUUUUGAUACUUCAACACCGGUCUCUGUGGAACCGUUUUUUGAACGUUGCUAGAUCAGGACUUUGAAACUGUUUGGGAAAACAAAGAACACUACUACUUAAUGGGGCGCAACAAGUCAGUCGAUUUGAAUUACUCCAAGUGGCCAUACAUACGCCAUAGGUCACAUCAGCCGUCGGCAGUUAGUCAAAAUAUUCUGUGCGAAACUACAGGAAGUGGAAGGUGUAUAUGUGCGGUUUUAAUUUAUGAAUUUUAAUACUACUUAAAGUGGAGGUGGAACCUUUGCUGUGUCGCACAGCUGCAAACGCCAAUCGAGAACAAAAUUCGCUGGUGUGAUAAGAGAUUAGUAGUACUUGAAAAGACAUUGGGAAAGCAGACAGUAGUGAAAAACUUUUCAAUAAGGUGAAAUAGGCGCGUGGGAGGGGAGGAGAGAAGGGGAUGAGAUACAUAUUAUAUUAGGAUGUAAGAAUGUAAAAGGUUUUAGAGGAGCCGCGCAAUGACGGUCCAUCAAUUUGUAGAAAACUUUUUUUUCUUUAACCAUCCAGUAUCCCUUCCCUUGUCCUCCUCUAUUCCACCUGGUCGAGGUGUCUCUACUGAACUUACUUCGUCAGCAGACAACGAAACCAACCGAAUUGUUGUUGAGCAUCGCCGGAGACACUUCCGACAGCUUUAAGGAAAUGUAUCGUUUUUUCUUGAAACAAACAAAAACAAGGGUUAAAGCUAUCUCUAUUGUGAUAUUUUUCUAAUUGCGACUGUGUACAGAAUGAAUGGUAGAUGGUUUCCUGGCCAAUAUAGCGAUGUGUCCACAUAAACAAAAAAAAAAACCUGCACACAUACACACUUAAACAUGCUCUUUGCACUUGUGUGGAUGGGUCAGAUAGACGUGCGCCAGAUUUGUAGGACUUUUACCCUCUCGCCAUGGCCAAACCAAGCUGUACAGGAGAAGAAGGAACGUUAACACGCAAGAGUGAGAAUCGAACAAGGGUGAUGAGAGUAGAAAUGGAAUUACGAUUAGUGAAAUAACUGGAAAUAAUCAUGCGCGCCCAGAUUGAGAAUAGAAACAGAUACAAGCAGAGAGAGGGACAGAGAUACAUACACACACACUCACCAGAUAUACUACACAAUGUGAAUGCCAAAGCCAUAUCUAGUAGGAGUUACUAUGUAGAGAAGAGUUGCCAUCGGGAAGCAAAUGGUCGCUGUCCCACGCUUCCCGCGGGUAAACGGGGCAGAACAGUGGAGGCAGAACAGUUCUUUUACACUUUUUAUUCUUUACCUCUACUUUCAACCCUGCUGAUGCGAUACAGUUUUAUGGAAAUAAAAUUUUAGGAGAAAGAACACA